AUGCUCCCGCCUGUUGUGUCUUAUCAGCUUAUCAGAAAACCCACCCUAGCUCAGCCCGGGCCAUUCUGCCCAGUCUUGCUCAGAGCUUCCUUGCUUGCUUGGCAAGGCGGCCAGAAUUCUGCCCUCCAAAGCUCAAGAACCGCGACCACUCUACCAGCAACGAAACGCGACAACGCCCCCGGGAUCGUCGAUUGGUCGUUAAAAACAUCACAUGGGGUCAAGAUGCCCUCCAGGAAGUUUGAGAUACUCUACAAAGAGGCGCGAUUGAAUCUAGAGCCUGCUUCGUCAUCGUCUAUUGUGCAGCUCCGCGUCGCACCGCAAAGCGCCUACGGACGGGCGAGCUCAAACCGAACCAGCACCGACGACGAGAAGGGCUACCGGUCAAGGAGCCUUGCGACUGCCUCCUCCAUCUACCACCGAAAACACCACAAGUCUCCCAGAGCAUUCCUCUGGCGUGUCCUCGAAAAUGGCACCAUUCUCAGCAUUCGCGUCGCCGAUGUUUGCAAGCAGCAACAAGUCGUCGAUGCGCCAUUGAUUCUCAACCUUCGCUUCCCUUCUGCGAUACACAGUUCAUGCAUCGGCUUUGCAGACCCAAAGGAUACCGAUUCGUUGUGCGUCUUCGUUGUCGACCAGUCGAACCAGCUGUACUCGAUCACACUGCGACCUGAGCUCUUCCGCAACAAGACAACGAGUGACGGGGGGCUGGGAGAUGCUUGCCGGGUAUACUCGCCGCCAGGGUUUGGGUUUAAGCACCCGCAUCGCCUUGCGGUUGUCAACUCUGAUCAGUUUAUCGUCACUAUGCAUGACGGCGGCAUCUUGAAGUUUGACAGAAACAAGACACACGAUGUACAUGCGUCGCCUUGGAAAGAAACCAUUUACAAUGUUGCCGGCUGGGGACAAAGUCUGCGUGGGCUUGUUCCCUUCCAGCGAAACCCGACGGUCCGAUACGAAAAGAUCAACAUGGAGUUGACAGCGGCCGUAUCGACAGCAGUGGUGACCAUGGGACUCGAAAACACCGCCUUUCUGUUCACGAUUUGCUUAGAUCACAGAAUGAGGGUGUGGGACGUGCGCACAGGUUCAAUCUUAUACACUGGCGAUAUCUUGAAUGCGAAUAGGGAUGUGCAGGAAGGGUCGUCAUGGAACAUCAAUCCUUCGCAGAGCAACCUAAUCCGAAUAGAGGAAGGCGCUCGUGGCGAGUGUCUGGUUACGACCUUUUCGCCUGUCGGUAACGGCGAGUUCAAGUUCUGGAAAGUCAAGGCCAAUGAUCAGGGGUCGAUUCAUGUUGCCGACUACUUCCCAGGCCAGCAAUUGAUUCCUCCGAGCCCAUCCUCGAUGGAUGUCUGGUCAAUGGCCGACUUCGCCGUCAUGGGUAAAACAGAAGGGCCGGAACUCUGGGCUUUGUGGAAGAACAACACCAGCUAUCGCGUGCACAGGCUGCAAAUACACCCACGGAACGGCAAUCGGUGCUUUGAUGACGGGUGGAAGACGGUUUAUAUUGAAAACUCGGUACCAACAGUGGAAGCUUCGGGGCCAUGGAACUCGAUCGACUCCACUGAGAAAUGGCUCGAUCUUAUCUUCUUCCCUGGGAGAUUCUCCAAGGCUACGCUUGAAACUGCCCUGGCCGUUUAUGAGAAGGGACUGGGUACCUACAAGGAGACAUCUUCAAGAGCGGGCAAGAGUAUUGUAGAGUCCAUCUGUUCUGUUCUGGGGUCCACGGCGGCAUUGGGAAAGUCCUCAGCCGGCGGUGCUGAUUACGAGCAGUUCAGGGGUACAAGCGAAACGCAGUGGAUGCGGUUUUGGCGUCUUUUGCUUGAGCUUGACAAGCAAAGGGGCGAAGCUCUUGCACUGAUAUAUGAUCCGGAGGAAGAAAUGGUGUGGACUGUAUGCGCAGACUUGCUUGCUGCCGUAAGGGAAUGCAGCGAUAUGGACCGUGUUUAUCACAAUCUUUCGAGUCCAGAGAAGAAGGAUGAGGAUGUCGCUGCUCUGGUUGCUGCCGGCCUCACAUUUGUGGAAGGUCUUAACGACAGUACAUCCCAACUAAGCCACGCUGCCCUUCGAGCCGAGUUGUUCCAAGAGUCUUCGCUGCCGGACAGUGAAAGGAUGCAGCUGUUCCUAGAUCGGGCAGGGUUUUGGUCAUCGGUCGGGGAUGACGAUAUCGCCCAAGUCACCGACAUUCUUGGUCAGAACUACCGGACAGUAACCUCUCGUCUGUAUGAGGAUCUGUUUGAUUUGAUCACAGCCACGAGCGACGCCAACUCACAGGAGCUUAGAGAGCAAUUCACUGGGUUUGGGCGGAAGGUCAUUGUCCGCUCUGUUCAAGAUACAGUCGAGCUUCACCGGAGAAUUCUCUUCAGUCAGCUGGUACUUCUCGUUCACAUGGAGUUUGAUAUCGAAAAUGAAGAGCAAAGCCCACUUCACUCGCGGUUCGACGUGGGUUCCAUCUACCGGCGAUUAAUCGGGGCUCUCCGAAGACUGGAGCAUCUGAGGUGGAUGGUCAAGACAGAGCUGAACAUUCCAGCCAGAGUUGCGGUGGUGUCUGGUGUUUCUUCUCCUCAGUUAGCCAAGCGUGGACAGGAGGAGACACACACUGUGACAGCCCUGGAGGGGCUUACAGGUCACCUCUAUGGGUUGCCAGAAGAUAGCAAUGAGCCACUAAUUUCCGCCAUCACGGACCUGGUAUUGGACCUCUGCGCCCCUGGCAGCACGACCAUCCUCCAGACGUGCCUUCUCCAAUGCGGCCUGCUCAAACAUGACCGACCAGAUCUUGCACUCGAGCUCAAGCCGUUCGCCGACCAGGAUCCCUUUUCCAUUUAUAUCCAAGGUCGUGUCUUCCUUGCACACAAGGAUUACGACACCGCUGCCUACUACUUCAGAAGAGCAGCCAUUGGCCUCAGCAUCACCAUGAAGCACAUGGAUCGCCACAGCUCCGGCCUGCUCGACGAUACAGAAUGGAACCUACUUAACACUGGGCUCCCCAAUUACUACAGCCAUAUCGUCUCUCUCUUCGAACGCCAAAAGGCUUACUCGUACGUCGUGGAGUUUUCCCGCCUGGCUCUUCAAUUCGUGCAAACCGGUGCGCAGGACACAGCAAGCAUUAAGACUGAAAUGCUGAGCCGUCUGUUCACCGCCUCCACGGCCAUCUCCCACUUUGAGGAAGCCCACUCUGCUCUCCUCCAAAUGCAGGACGAAGCCCUGCAGAGAUCCUACCUCCGCAAGCUCGUCGAGAAGAUGUGCGAGACGGGCCAAAACAAGCAACUCAUCAGCCUCCCCUUUUCCGGUCUGCAGCCCAAGGUGGAUGACAUCCUCCUCGAGAAGUGCAAAGCCACCCGCGACGUCCUCAGCGGGGUACCCUACCACCAGAUCCUCUACGCCUGGAGAAUCAGCCACAACGAUUACCGCGGUGGCGCCGCCAUCCUGCUCGACAGGCUCCAAAAGCUCCGCCAGGCAGGCGAGGGCGACAAGAUCAACAGCGUCAACGGCGACGCGCUGGACACGCAGGUCACGAGGCAGUAUCUUCUUUUGAUCAACGCGUUGAACUGCGUGCCGCCCGAGGAAGCUUACAUUCUGGAGGAUGUCUCUUCCGAGGAGAAAUCAACCCCCGCCGCUCCUAGAAUUAACAACGGCGGCGGUGGUGGUGAUGACCUCGACGCGCAGCUGGAGGAUCUCUCCAAGAAGCUCGAUGUCGAGAACGGUGUGAAUGGGGAGGAGGAGGAGGACGCGGCGCUGGUUGCAAAGAUGAAGUCGUUCUUGUUGAGGCCGGCGGAGGGGCAGGCGCCGAGGCAGCUGCUGACGCUGGCGGACAUUAGGAAGAACUACCAGCUCGAGCUGGACAGGAUUGUGGCGAUUCAGAAUAAUCAGUUUGGUAUCAUGGGGGAGGGUGACGAAGACGUGGACAUGAUGGAUAUUGCUUAGAACAGACAACAG